AUGGCGGAGGAAGGAGCCGUAGCCGUCUGCGUGCGGGUUCGGCCGCUCAAUAACAGAGAAGAAGCGCCUGACAAAGAUACUCAAGUUUACUGGAAAACUGACAAUAAUACAGUUUUUCAAGUUGAUGGGAGUAAAUCCUUCAAUUUUGAUCGUGUCUUUCAUAGUAAUGAAACUACUAAAAAUGUGUAUGAAGAAAUUGCAGUACCAAUCAUAGAUUCUGCCAUUCAAGGCUACAAUGGUACUAUAUUUGCCUACGGGCAGACUGCUUCAGGAAAAACGUAUACUAUGAUGGGUUCACAAGAGUAUUUGGGAGUAAUACCCAGGGCAAUUCAUGACAUUUUCCAGAAAAUUAAGAAGUUUCCUGAUAGGGAAUUUCUCUUACGUGUGUCUUAUAUGGAGAUAUACAAUGAUACCAUUACAGACUUACUUUGUGACACUCAAAAAAUGAAGCCUUUGAUAAUUCGGGAAGACUUCAAUAGGAACGUGUACGUGGCUGACCUCACAGAAGAAGUUGUUUAUACAUCAGAAAUGGCUUUGAAGUGGAUCACUAAGGGAGAAAAGAACAGGCAUUAUGGAAUUACAAAAAUGAAUCAGCGAAGUAGUCGUUCUCAUACCAUUUUUAGGAUGAUUUUGGAAAGCAGAGAGAAAGGUGAACCUUCUAAUUUUGAAGGAUCUGUCAAAGUGUCCCAUUUGAAUUUGGUCGAUCUUGCAGGCAGUGAACGGGCUGCCCAAACAGGUGCUGAAGGUUUACGACUCAAGGAAGGCUGUAAUAUAAAUCGAAGUUUAUUUAUUUUGGGACAAGUGAUCAAGAAACUUAGCGAUGGACAAGUUGGUGGUUUCAUAAAUUAUCGAGAUAGCAAAUUAACACGAAUUCUCCAGAAUUCCUUGGGAGGAAAUGCAAAAACACGUAUCAUCUGCACAAUUACUCCAGUGUCUUUUGAUGAAACACUUAGUACUCUCCAGUUUGCCAGCACUGCCAAAUAUAUGAAAAAUACUCCUUAUGUUAAUGAGGUAUCAAGUGAUGAAGCUCUCCUAAAAAGAUAUAGGAAAGAAAUAAUGGAUCUUAAAAAGCAAUUAGAGGAGGUUUCUUUAGAGACUCGAGCCCAGGCAAUGGAAAAAGACCAACUGGCCCAACUCUUGGAAGAAAAAGAUCUACUUCAAAAAGUCCAAAUUGAGAAAAUUCAAAACCUAACACGGAUGCUGGUGACAUCUUCUUCCCUAGCAUCACAGCAAGAAUUAAAGGCUAAAAAAAAACGAAGAGUCACUUGGUGCGUGGGGAAAAUUAACAAAAUGAAGGACUCAAACUACGUAAAUGAAUUUAAUAUGGCAGUGAAUGUAACAACAAGAACACAAAAGGCUGCUGUAAGUUUAGGAGAAAUUGAUGAAUCUCUCUGUUCAGAGUCUGAUAUUUUCAGUAACACUCUUGAUACAUUGACUGAGAUAGAAUGGAAUCCAGCAACAAAGCUACUAAGUCAGGAAAACUUAGAAAGUGAAUUGAAUUCACUUCGUGCUAACUAUGAUAACCUGGUACUAGACUAUGAACAUUUAAGAAGAGAAAAUGAAGAAAUGGAAUUGAAAUUAAAAGAAAAGAAUGACUUGGAUGAAUUUGAAGCUCUAGAAAGAAAAGCAGAGAAAGAUCAAGAGAUGCAACUAAUUCAUGAAAUUUCCAACUUAAAGAAUUUAGUUAAGCAUGCAGAAGUAUAUAAUCAAGAUCUUGAGAAUGAACUAAAUUCAAAAGUAGAGCUGCUUAGAGAAAAGGAAGACCAGAUUAAGAAGCUACAGGAAUAUAUAGAGUCUCAGAAGUCAGAAAGUAUGAAAAUGGACUCAUCAUACUCAUCGGAAAACACUGAAGACCUAAAACAAAUGAGACAGACUCUGCUUGAUGCCGAAACUGUAGCUCUUGAUGCUAAGAGAGAAUCAGCCUUUCUUAGAAGUGAAAAUCUAAAGCUGAAAGAGAAAAUGAAAGAACUUGCAAGUACAUGCAAGCAGAUGGAAAAUGAUACUCAGUUAUAUCAAAGUCAGUUGGAGGCGAAAAAGAAAAUGCAAAUUGAUCUGGAGAAAGAAUUACAAUCUUCUUUUAAUGAAAUAACAAAACUCACCUCCCUUAUAGAUGGCAAAGUUCCAAAAGAUUUUCUGUCUAAUAUGGAAUUGGAAAGAAAAAUAACCCAUCUACAGAAAGAAUUGAAUAAAGCAGUCGAAGAAAAUGAAACUUUGCGUAAUGAAGUUAAUUUGCUGUCAGAAUUGAAAUCUUUACCUUCAGAAGUAGAAAUGCUAAGGAAAGAGAUAUGUGAUAAAUCUCAAGAGCUCUAUAUAGUAACAUCAGAAAAAGACAAAUUGUCUUCUGAAGUAGUUGAUAAGGAAAGUAGAAUUCAAGGUUUACUUGAAGAAAUUGGGAGCACUAAAAAUGACCUACCAACUCCCCAGUUGAGUUGUGAAAGCACUGAUGAAGAAUUCCAACAUGUUAAAAAUCACCAUAUUGAAUUUGAGCAAAAGUAUAAGAUGGUCCUUGAAGAAAAUGCAAAAUUGAAUCAAGAAAUAGGAAAUCUCUCUAAAGAAGCUGAAGAACUUGGGUUAAAUUUGGAGGCUUUGAAGACAGAGCUCUCUCACAAAACCCAAGAACUUCAACAAAAAACAACUGAGACUCAAGAAAGAUCAAACGAAGUGGAAGAGCUGAAGAAACAAUUAGAAAGUAGGGAAUCUAGACUGCAAAUGGUAGAAAACGAGAAAACACUGAUUACUGAGAAACUUCAACAAACAUUAGUAGAAGUAAAAACCUUAACCCAAGAAAAAGAUGAUCAAAAACAACUCCAAGAGAGCCUACAAAUUGAGAGGGACCAACUCAAAAGUGACAUUCAGGAGACUAUAAAUAUGAAUAUAGACACCCAGGAACAGCUACGAAAUGCGCUUGAGUCUUUGAAACAACACCAAGAAACAAUUAACGUGCUAAAAAUGAAAAUUUCUGAGGAAACUUCCAAGAAUUUGCAUAUAGAAGAAAACUUAGAAGAAACUAGGGAUGAAUUUCAGGAAAAGAUGGUUAUCAUAGAUAAAAGCCAAAAUUUGGAAACCACAAAAACUCAAGCUCUGAUCACAGAUGCUGCAGAUAAUGAGCUAACUGAGCAAGAGAAAAAGAUAUUUUCUUUAAUACAUGAGAAAAAUGAACUGCAACAAAUGUUAGAGAGUAUUACAGCAGAAAAGGAGCAACUGAAGACAGACCUAAGAGAAAACAUUGAAAUGACCAUUGAAAACCAGGAAGAAUUAAGAUUUCUUGGAAAUGAACUUAAAAAACAACAGGAUAUUGUUGCACAAGAAAAGAACCAUACCAUUAAAAAAGAAGAAGAGCUUUCUAGGACCUGUGAAAAACUAUCAGAAGUUCAAGAAAAACUAAAGGAAAAGAGCCAACAACUGCAAGAAAAACAGCAGCAACUGCUUAGUGCACAAGAAGAGAUGAGCGAGAUGCAGAAAAAGAUGAAUGAAAUGGAAAACUUAAAGAAUGAACUAAAGAACCAAGAAUUAACAUUGGAACGUAUAAAAACUGAGAAGAUAGAGUUAGCUCAGAAACUUCAUGAAAAUUGUGAGGAAAUGAAAUUCAUAACCAAAGAAAGAAAUGACCUAAAGAAAUUACAGGAGUCAUUUGAAGUAGAGAGAAAUAAGCUUAAAGAACACAUAAGACAGAUUGAAGCUACAGGUCUAGAAACAAAAGAAGAACUACAGAUGGCCCACAUGCACCUAAAAGAACACCAAGAAACUAUUGAAGAACUAAGAAGAGACAUUUCUGAAAAGACAGCUCAGAUAAUAAAUAUACAGAAGAACUUAGAAAAAUCCGGUACUGAACUGCAAGAAAAGAUCCCAGUGCUUCAUGAGGAACAGGAGCUAUUUCCUAAUGUGAAAGAAAUCACUGAUACUCAGGAAACAGUGGAUGAGCCAGAGCUGUUGAAAGCACAAUCCAAAGCCAGAGAUUCAGCAACACUAGCAAGUAUAGAAGUGACAAGUCUCAGGGUGGCUGCAAAACUUCAGGAAACACAGGAGAUAAAAUCUCUCACUAAGGAAAGAGAGAAUCUUAAAAUGACAAUAGAAGCACUUCAGAUUGAACGUGACCCGGAAGAGAUGAGAGAAACUUUGGCUAAAAUCCAAAGAUCUCAAGACAAACAAGAACAGUCCUUCAAUAUGAAAGAAAAGGACAGUGAGACUAAGAAAAUAAUGAAUGACAUGGAGCAAUUGAAGGACCCAUUCAAAGACUCAGCACUACUAAAGCUAGAAAUGGAAAAGCUCAAAUUGUCUGAAAGACUUCAAGAAAGUCAUGAUGAAGUCAAAGCUGUAGCUAAGGAGAGAGCUAACCUUCAGAGGCUACAAGAACUUCUUCAAUCUGAAAAGAACCAACUCCAAGAAAACCUAAGAGAAAUGGCAGCUAAACAACUAGAAACUGAAGAGAAACUUAAAGUUGCUCAUUGUCACCUAAAAGAACAGGAGGAAAUUAUUGGUGAACUAAGAGCGGAUCUAUCAAAGAAAGAAACUGAAAUAUCACACAUUCAACAGGAAUUGGAAACAGCAAAUGAUAAAUUACAGAAAAAGACUCAAGAGCUUUAUGAGAAACAGUUUAUUACUGUCAAGGAAAUCAGUGAGACUCAGGAAACAAUGAGUGAACUGGAACAGUUAAAGGAACAUCUCAAAGCCAAAGGCUCGUCACUACAAAGAAAAGAAAGCGAGAGGCUCACGUUGACUGAAAAACUUCAGGCAAGUCAGGAAGAAUUAAAAACCAUAAUUAAGGAAGGAGAUGAACUGGAAAGGAUACAGGAGGCCCUUCAAAAGGAAACAGACCAACUCAAAGAAGACACUAAAGAAAUUGUAGCUGAUAUUCAAGAACUUCAGGGAAAAGAACAUCAACUUCUUGAGAUGAAGGAUGUCAGUGAGACUUGGGAAAAAAUACGUGAAAUGGAAAACUUGAAGAAGCAACUUGAGGCCCAAAAGUCAACUCUAGAAAAUAUAGAAUGGGAGAACAUCAAGUUAACUCAGAGACUCAAUGAAAAUAUUGCAGAAAUAAGAUCUGUUACAAAAGAAAGAGAUGACCUUAGGAAUAUGGAGGAGACUCUCAAAGUAGAGGUAGACCAGCUCAAGGAAAACCUAAGAGAAACAACAAAUAGAGACCUGGAAAGACAAGAGGAACUAAGAACUGCCCAGAUGAAUCUGAAAGAGCACCAAGAAACUAUCGAUAAACUCAGAGGAAUUGUUUCAGGGAAGACAGAUGAAAUAUCAAAUAUCCAAAUGAAUUUAGAAAACACAAAUAUGGCCUUAAAAGCACAGGAUCUGGAAAAACAAGAAGAACUAAGAAUAGCUCACUUGCAUCUGAAGGAGCACCAGGGAAUUAUUGAUAAACUCAGAGGGAUUGUCUCUGAGAACGCAGAAGAAAUAUCAAAUAUGCAAAUGGAUUUAGAAAAUUCAAAUGCAAAAUUACAAGAAAAGGUCCAAGAACUGAAAGCAAAUGAACAGCAACUUUUUAAGUUAAAAGAAGAAAUUAGUGAGACUAAGAAAAAAAUGUAUGACAUUGAGCAACUGAAGAACGAAUUUAAGUGCCAGAGUUUAACUAUGAACAAAAUAGAAAUGGAGAACUUAAACUUGGCUCAGAAGCUUCAUGAAAACCUUGAAGAAAUGAAAUCUGUAAUGAAAGAAAGAGAUAACCUAAGGGGGCUAGAAGAGACCCUCAGACUGGAGAGAGACCUACUCAAAGCGGACCUGCAAGGAAGCACAGCUAGAGAACUGGAGACACAAGAACAACUAAAAAUUGCUCAUAUCCAUUUGAAAGAACACCAAGAGACUAUCGAUAAAUUGAGAGAGAGAGUUUCAGAAAAGACGUCUCAGAUUUCACAUAUUCAGAAGGAUUUAAAUAAAUCAAAAGAUGAAUUACAGAAAAAGAUACAAGAACUUAAGAGAAAAGAGCUUCAACUUCUUAAAAUGAAAGAAGAUGUCAGUAAAACUCAUAAAAAAGUGAAUGAAAUGAAACAAUUGAAGAAGCAGUUUGAGGCCCAAAAUUUAUCUAUGCAAAGUGUGGAAAUGGAUAAUUUGCAUUUGACUAAGAAACUUUAUGAAAGCCUUGAAGAGAUAAGAAUUGUAGCUAAAGAAAGAGAUGAGCUGAGACAGAUAAAAGAGUCUCUCAAAAUGGAAAGGGACCAAUGCAGAGAAAAAUUAAGAAACCUGCUAGCUAGAGAUCAACAGAACCACAAAGAGGUAAAAUAUGAAAAAAGCUUACUAUGUGAUGGAAACCAACACCUUAUAGGAAGCCUGAGAGAAAAGUGCUUUAGGAUAAAAGAGCUUCUUAAGAGAUACUCAGCGAUGGAUAAUCACUAUGAAUGUUUAAAUAGAUUGUCUCUUGACUUGAAGAAGGAAAUUGAAACCCAAAAAGAGCUUUCAAUUAGAGUAAAAGCAAACCUCUCACUUCCAUAUCCACAAACCAAACAAAUCCAGAAACUUCUUACUGCAAACCAGAGGUGUUCCAUGGAAUUUCACAGAGUCGUAAUGAAACUUCAGUAUGUGCUAAGCUAUGUUGCAAGGACAAAGGAAGAACAACAUGAAUCCAUCAAUAAAUUUGAAAUGGCUUUUAUUGAUGAAGUGGAAAAGCAAAAUGAACUGCUAAUGGAACUACAGCACUUUCAGCAAGAUUAUGAUGUACCACCUGGAGAAUCAAGGGACCGCAAAUUGAACCAGAGCAUGGAUCUACAUAUCGAAGAGAUUCUUAAGGAUUUUUCAGAAAGUGACUUCCAUAGCAUAAAGACUGAAUUUCAGCAAGUACUAAGUAAUAGAAAAGAAAUGACUCGGUUUUUGGAAGAGUGGUUGAAUGCUCAUUUUGAUAUAGAAAAGCUUAAAAAUGUCAUCCAGGAAGAAAAUGAUAAUAUUUGUCAAGUGAACAACUUGUAUCAUGAGAAAAUAACGGCUAUAAUGAAUGAAUUAACAGAGUUUGAAGAAAGAAAUGCUACCAUAGCCAAAGAAUGGGAACAAGAUCUGAAAUCAGUGAAAGAAAACAAUCAAAAACUAUUUAAAAACUACCAAACUUUGAAGCUCUCCCUGACCUCCAGUGCUCUUGUUAAUCCUGCUACACAAGACAGGAAUCUUCAUGUCACAACAGGAGCUACACAGCAAGUCACAGAGAAAAUUCAAGCUCUGGAAACCUCACUCCGUGAAGCUAAAGAAAGUGCUAUGCAUAAGGAGGGCAAGAUUAUGAAGAUGCAGAAAGAACUUGAGAUGACUAAUGAUGUAAUAGCAAAACUUCAGCGGCAAGUUAAUGAAGCAAAUGAAUGCCUUGAAAAAACAAAAGAAAUGGUCCAAGUACUUCAGGACAAAGCUGCUUUAGGAGCUAAACCUUAUAAAGAAGAAAUUGAAGAUCUCAAAAUGAAGUUGGUGAAAGUGGACCUAGAGAAGAUGGAAAAUGCGAAGGAGUUUGAAAAGGAAAUUGCUUCAACAAAAGCCACUGUAGAAUAUCAAAAAGAAGUUAUAAGGCUAUUGAAAGAGAAUCUUAGAAGAAAUCAACAGGCCCAAGAUACCUCAAUGCUAUCAGAACAUAUUGAUACUCAGCCUUCAAAUAAACCCUUAACCUGUGGAGGUGGCAGUGGCAUUGUACAAAGCACGAAAGCUCUUAUCCUGAAAAGUGAAUAUAUACGGCUAGAAAAGGAAGUUUCUAAGUUAAAGCAGCAAAAUGAACAGCUCAUGAAGCAAAAGAACGAACUGUCAAGCAAUUAUCAUCAUCUUUCCAGUGAGGUCAAGACAUGGAAGGAGAGAACUCUUAAAAAAGAGGUUCACAAAGAAGUAACUUGUGAGAAUUCUCCAAAGUCUCCUAAAGUGACUGGGACACCGUCUAAAAAGAGACACCAUAUGUCUUCUCAAUGCAAGGAACGGAAUGUCCAAGAUCCUGUGCCAAAGGAGUCGCCGAAAUCUUGGUUUUUUGAUAAUCGGUCAAAGUCUUUGCCAGUACCUCCUCCAGUUCGCUAUUUUGAUAACUCAGGUUUAGGCCUUUGUCCAGAAGAACAAACUGCUGAAGUGGAGACCGAGGAUCCCCAGCGAGGUCGUUGGCAAAUGUCGUCAGGAAAAGAGGUGCCAGAGUGCAAGACUCAGUAG